AAGAAGAACAUUUCGUUUCAAGUUUAAGAGUGUUAUGUUUUGGUGGGAAAAAUGACAUUCUAUCUGGAACACGUGCUCACUGGCGAUCGGAUUAACUUGAACGAGGGCAUCCAAAUUCUGGGGCGCCACUCCUCUUGCACCUGGGUAUUGAAGUACGACUAUAUGUCGAGAUAUCAUGCUCUUAUUCACGUUAAUCAGGGAGACAUUUUCAUUAAGGAGAUGGAAACCAAUAAUGGCAUAUUUCUUAACUAUUGGCCGACGCGAAUCGGCAGUUCUUGGUGCGAAGUAAACGUUGGCGACGUCCUGUACUUUGGGGUACAAUUAGGCAUCGAACACGAUGGGGAGAUACCGAAUACGUUCGGAAUAUUCACCGUUAAAUCAUCUGGAUAAAACAUCGGAGAACUUUUCAGUUCCCAUUAAACCGGGUGCUGAAAUGCAAAUGCCCCCAUUUAACGACACAAUCCCUUUUUGGGGCGUUAAUUUUCCAAGUCCGAUCCUAAGGAUCCUGGAUUCUGGAUCCUAAGGACCAGAGUCAUUGCUUACAAAUCUACAAACCGACAAUAACCACACACAGUGGCAGCUGAAAAAAUACAUAAUAGGGAACAACUUUAGAUAUUCAAUCCAAUCAACUAUACAAUACAAUAUUCAAUACAAUCAACUAAGGGUAUUUGCACAUUUCCAUAUUCCAAAUUGAAAUAUAUAUAGAGAAACAAUGCAAGAAAAUUGAUCAAAAACAUGAAAUAUCUAAGCAAAAUAAAACUUUUCUUUUCUG